AUGCAUAACUUUGUCUUGACUAGUCUGGUGGAUUCAGCCUAUGUUGUAGGGAGAGAAAUGUGGAUGUGUUGGCCGGCCAACUAUUCUGAACUCCUGUCCGACUUGAGUCCGAUGGCCUGUCCCCACGAGCUAUGCUAUAAGCGCAUUUCUGACUUGCCUUGUCCUACCUGCCAACCUCCACUCUGGAAUGUGGUCUCCAACCGGACCGCCAAGUUCUAA